CAUCCCCUAUCGCGUGUCUGCAAUUCUGCCAUUUAAGAACGUGUGUAUCCGCCGGCACGCGGGGAACGCUGUCUUAGUCCUCUGCUAACGGCUUCUAGCAGGCGGCCCUCGAAACAAGUUCGGAAUGCGAGGCCUCGAGAUGGUGGGGAAAUGCCGAGCUGGGUUCGCAUGUUUCUUCGCAUUUGUGCCUCAUCAAAGCAGCCGGAGCUGGAGCUGUGCAGAAGCCCCAGAGCAAUUUAACAGGUGCAGAGAAGCCCCGUGGCCGACGCUCCUUCCCUCUCCCCUCCUGCCAGAGCCCGAGCAAGCCUCUCCGAGUCCACGAGCUCCCUCCUUUCCCCCUGUCGGUCAAACCCGCACAGAAAGCAGCAGUGAGUUGUACUUCUCUGGAAGCACACGAUUUGCUUUUCGAGGGAAGCAUGGCAGCCCUUCAGGAGAAAAGACCUUCUGAAGAAAGAAAACACAAAAGUGUCCAAAACGGUGCUCAAACAUCUCAAGGACAGUGGGGAAGAGCAUGGGAAGUAGACUGGUUUUCUUUGGCAAGCAUCAUUUUCCUGCUCAUAUUUGCACCACUCAUCGUAUACUAUUUCAUAAUGUCCUGUGACCAGUACCAGUGCUCCCUGAUCAGUCCACUUGUUGACUUACUCAUGGGGAAUACACAUCUGUCUGACAUCUGGAACAAAACUCCUACACUGACGUACAAGGCUGCUGGCAUCUAUAUCCUUUGGGUCACUUUCCAGGUGAUUUUGUAUGUCUUCAUUCCUGAUUUCUGCCAUAAGUUUCUUCCUGGAUAUGUAGGAGGUAUACAGGAAGGUGCUGUUACUCCUGCUGGUUUAGUAAAUAAGUAUGAAAUCAAUGGACUUCAGGCUUGGAUCAUUACCCAUGUGCUUUGGUUUGCCAAUGCCUAUUACUUUCACUUCUUCUCACCUACCAUAAUUUUUGACAAUUGGAUUCCUCUUCUGUGGUGUGCCAACAUCCUGGGAUAUGUAGUUUCCACAUUUGCAAUGAUUAAAGGCUACUUUUUUCCUACUAAUGCUGAAGACUGCAAAUUCACUGGCAACUUUUUUUAUGACUACAUGAUGGGGAUUGAAUUUAAUCCUCGAAUAGGAAAGUGGUUUGAUUUCAAGCUCUUCUUCAAUGGGCGCCCUGGUAUCGUAGCCUGGACUCUAAUUAACCUUUCCUAUGCUGCUAAACAACAGGAGCUGUAUGGUCAAGUAACUAACUCCAUGAUCCUUGUCAAUGUUCUCCAGGGUAUUUACGUUUUGGACUUUUUCUGGAAUGAAGCCUGGUAUUUGAAAACCAUCGAUAUCUGCCACGAUCAUUUUGGAUGGUACUUGGGCUGGGGAGACUGUGUUUGGUUACCAUACCUCUAUACUCUGCAGGGUUUAUAUUUGGUUUAUCACCCUGUCCAACUUGGCACAGCUAAUGCUGUAGGGAUCUUGAUACUGGGAUUGUUUGGUUAUUAUAUCUUUAGAGUGACUAACCACCAGAAAGAUCUCUUUCGACGUACAAAUGGCAACUGCAAGAUAUGGGGAAAGAAACCAGAAUAUAUUGAAUGCUCCUACAUGGCUGUCGAUGGGACAAAGUACUACAGCAAACUGAUGACCUCAGGCUUCUGGGGAUGGGCACGCCAUUUCAAUUACACAGGAGAUUUGAUGGGCUCCCUAGCCUACUGCCUGACUUGUGGGUUUGCACAUAUCUUGCCUUAUUUCUACAUUGUUUAUAUGGCUAUUCUGCUAACCCACCGAUGCAUUAGGGAUGAACACCGUUGUUUCAGCAAAUAUGGGAAGGAUUGGAAGCGCUAUACUACUAAAGUGCCUUACCGGCUAAUACCAGGAAUAUUUUAAGACUAACAAAGAAUCCAAGAGAAACAAAAAAGAAAUUUUGUUGAUACAAAAAGAGCUUAUGUGAACAGUUAAACCAACAAAAAGAAUUUCUGUAGGAAACUUUUAAUGCUCUGGAUGAGAAAAGGUGACUGGACAGCAAUUUUUUGUGUACUUAAAGAAUAUGCUUCUAGUAACCAGUCACAUUUUACAUAAAGUAAAUGAAAUAAGGCACUGAAAUAGGCCGAUGUUUUUAUAAGACUAUUUUACCUGAUAAUAUUUUCCCCUCCUCUCAAAAUUAACUUGGAAUUGAAGAAAAGUUGCAUGUAUUCAUAUUCCUGAAAUCUCUCCUAUGCUGGGAAGAGGCUUUACCAUUUAAAGUAGCAGGGGUCUGGAACCAGUUUUCAGUCAGAGAGGAGUGCAGGAAAACAGGUGCUUAAUCUGUUCAUGAAAGCAGUUAUGCAACAUGGUUAUGCCUGUGACAGUCAUGGUUUACAGUCAAUAACUCUCAAAAGAAGGUUGUGGUGUUUGUUCCUUUUCAAGAGGUUGCUGGGGAAAUACUGAACCUGAUCCUAAACUGGUGCUACAGGAAGACUGGUAUAAGCGGAUAGAAAUACUUACGAAAGCAGAUGUAAAUUAGUAUAGCUGGAUAGCUGUGUUUUGUUUACAGCACUUGAGAGUUUAGUCCAUGUCCAGGUGGGUAUUAUUUGAUACUGAAACAAAAUUGCUUUGCAAAGAUACUGAGCAUACAUUGAAUUCUUUUAUGUGGAUAGAGAACUUGAUUCCCCUAUCACUUUUGCCUAAAAUAAUAUUUGUAAAACAUCAAGAAAUAAAUGCCUGGUU